AUGGAUCCGCCGUUCCGGCACACCAAGAGCAGGGGCUUCAUCUCCAGCGCGGAGCUCAGCAUGAAGCAGGGAGCCUCGGGCGAGGAGAUCGAGAACCCCUACCUGAGCCCCGAGGAGCGGGCGGCUGCGGGGACCCUCCGUGGGGAGCCCAGGGACGGCCCGGCCGAGCGCAGUGUGCUCUUCCGAGGGAACGUCCUCAAGGGCAUGGCGCUGCUCUCCCACUUUUUGGAGCAGCGGGCAGCUGGAGCUGACGAGGGCAAGCCCUACUCCCGCCUGGACAAGAGUGUGCUCUACAGCCGCUUCGUGUCCCCCAGCACCGCCCUGCUCGAGCUGCCCGACAGCAACGGGGCCACAGACUUACCCUGCCUCGGGGACCACAAUGGGCUGAGCCCUGCGGGCCAUUCCGGCCCCGAGAUGGCCAUGCUGGAAGGCCUCAGUUCUGGCUCUGUCCCUCCUGCCACCGAGGAGCCGGAGAGCACCGUGACCCUGAGCCUCGAGCACGUCCUGGAGGAUAAGGAGGGCAUGGAGAAGAUCAACACCAGGCCUGGCAAGAUGAUCCUGUACUCCGGUGCCGGCUUCGCGGGGCACAAACGCGACAUCUGGGACGAUGUUCCCGACGCCACGUCCUGGGAGCUCUCACACACCAUCUCCAUCCGAGUCAUCCGGGGCGGGUGGGUGAUGUACGAGAAGCCGAGGUUCCGAGGGCGCAAAUGCGUCCUGGCCGAGGGGGACGUGGAGAUCGACAACCCCUGGACGGCGUACGGGGCGAGCGGGGAGCGCGGGGGGCGCCCCUUCCACAUCGGCUCCUUCAAGAGGGUGGUGCGGGAUUACCGCACCCCCGAGAUCAGCCUCUUCGCGGAGGAGAACGGCCAAGGAGCCCGGCUGAGGUUCAGCGGCUCUGCCGAGGACACCCGAGAGCGGGGACAGGCGCUCGCUGCCGCCUCCAUCAUCGUCCACUCGGGCCUGUGGCUGCUUUACUCCAAGCCGUUCUUUGAUGACGAUCCCUACGUCCUGGAGCCGGGCGGGUACCCCAAUUUAAAGGCUUGGGGAGCAAAGGACCCGUCCAUCUGCUCCAUGCAUCCCAUCAGGCUGGGCUGCCCCGUCGUGGAGAGACCUGGAGAGCCACAGGUGCUGAUCUACGAGGCUGCAGCUUUCCAGGGCCGCAGCUUCACCAUCAGCAGAGACAUCUACGACCUGAAGUGCCUGGCCGAGCCAGCGCUGCCCACCGUGGGCUCCCUGCGUGUCCUGGGCGGCUGCUGGGUUGGCUACGAGAAGGAAGGCUUCCGUGGCCACCAGUACCUGCUGGAGGAAGGGGAGUACCAGGACUGGAGGCAGUGGGGCGGCUACAGCAGGGAGCUGGUGUCCCUACGGCUGAUCCGGACGGACUUCUCUGACCCGGCCCUGGUCCUGUUUGAGGCCAUGGACUUCGAGGAGGGCGCGAGCGUGGAGCUGAGUGAGGCGAUCCCCGACACGCGGCUGGCUGGCUACGGCAGCGUCACCCAGUCCAUCCACGUGCUGAGCGGAGUCUGGGUGGCCUAUGAGGGCCCCAACUACUCCGGCGAGCAGUACAUCCUGGAGAAGGGGGUGUACCGCAACUGCGAGGACUGGGGGGCCACCGACUGUCACAUCGCCUCGGCACAGCCCAUCCUGCAGGUCAGGGAACACAACCUCCACUUCGUCUCCAAGAUCCUGCUUUUCUCAGAGCCUGACUUCUUGGGGGAUCAGGUUGCCUUUGAGGAGGACCAGGAGGCCCUGCCCGAAGCCUUCAUCCCACGCUCCUGCAGAGUCCGUGGGGGCAGCUGGAUCCUGUUCGACGGGCAGGACUUUGCGGGGGAGCAGCACGUGCUGUCCGAGGGCGAGUACCCCACGCUUGGUGCCAUGGGCUGCCUCUGCUCCACCGCCAUCCGCUCCCUGCAGAAAGUUCCACUGUUUUUCUCGGAGCCCUCCAUCUUCCUGCACGGGCUGGAGUGUUUCGAGGGGAAGGAGAUCGAGCUGAACUCCGAGGUGCGGAGUCUCCAGGCCGAGGGUUUCAACAACCACGUGCUGUCGGUGCGGGUCAAGGGAGGGAUCUGGGUGCUGUGCGAGCACGGUGACUUCCGAGGGCGGCAGUGGCUGCUGGACUGCACGGAAAUCACCAACUGGCUGACCUACAGCGGGCUCCAGCACGUGGGGUCCCUCUACCCCAUCCGCCAGAGACGGAUUUAUUUCCGCAUCAGGAGCAGGAAGCUGGAGCUCUUCCUCUCGGUCCCUGACGAUGUGGAGGACAUGAAGGCGGGGCGGGUGGUGGUCUCCAGCCUGAGCGAGCAGAGCAGCUCUGUCUGGUACUACGAGGACGGGCUGAUCAAAAACCAGGUGGCCCCCAGCAUGAGCCUGCAGGUCAUCGGGCCGGCCGGGAAGGGCGCGAAGGCCGUGCUGUGGUCCGAGACGCGGAUGCCGCGUCAGACCUGGAGCGUCGAUUCUCGGGGACGGAUCCACAGCCAGAUGUUCGAGGACAUGAUCCUCGAUGUCAAGGGCGGCCAAAGCUACGACCGGGACCACGCCAUCGUUUGGGACAUGGCUGAUGAAAGAGCCACGCAGAUCUGGGACAUCCAGGUGCUGUGA